CAACCGGACGAGCCAGUGAGUGUGAGUGAGUCUGUCGAGUUGAGUGACCUUUGGACCGCAAUAGGCUGAGUGACACCUGUAGUACUAUCUUUCGCAGCAUCCAUCGGAGCCUAGCACCCAUCGUCUUAUCGGCUCUGAGGAGCAUCCAUAUCAAUAGCCGGCUUAGGAGGGGAGAGUUUGAGGCUGACUGUUCGCCGCUGCAGAACAAUUCUUCAAAGGCUGCCGCAACUUCGACCGCAAUCAUGGCCAGGGACGAGAAAAUUGGAAUUGUUGGCAGUGGAUUCAUUGGACAGAGUUGGGCAAUGCUGUUUGCCAGUGUUGGAUACCAAGUGCGCAUAUACGAUGCCAACCAAGAUCAAAUUUCUGCAGCUUUGGACAAUAUCAAGAAACAGUUAAAGACCCUGAAAGAAUCAGGAUUGCUUCGUGGAAAAUUAACAGCUGAUCAACAGAUCCAGUGCAUAAAAGGUAUGUAGAUACCAGUUUGGUUAAAC